AUGGAUUUGAAUUCUCGUUAUCAAGAACUCCAACAAAACCAAAGGUUUCCUUCUUCUGGUGCAACUUCAAGCAUGCUUGUUGGUUCUUCUAUGGGAAUGGAUCAACCAAGUAGUUUUUCUUCUGCUCAUUUCUCCAACAACACCAUCUCCUUUCAAAAUGAUUAUGCCACUAUGAAAGGAGUUGAAAACUAUGAUGGGGUGAAUAACAGUAGUGAAGGUGGACUUACUCUAUCUAUGAACAUAUUGAAGAAUCAAAUCGGAUUCUCACAAAGCUCUUCUUCCUUGGGGAUAUUAUCACACAACUCCAAAAUGAGAAGUGAUGGUCAUAAAUUCUUGUAUGGUUAUAAUGAUCAGAAUGUAGAAGUAGGAAAUCAAGUAAAUACAUUAUCACAUCACAUGAGUUUGCCAAGAAAGUCAUCAGAAAUGUUUGUUAUGGAGAAUUUACACCAGUUCCCAGAUUCUUCUGUUCCUAGCAGUAUUAGAGCAAAGCGAGGCUGCGCAACGCAUCCCAGAAGCGUUGCGGAAAGGGUAAGAAGAACUCGAAUAAGUGAAGGAAUGAAAAAGUUGCAAGAGCUUGUUCCAAACACUGACAAGCAAACUUGCACAUCAGAAAUGUUGGAAUUGGCUGUAACGUACAUUAAAGAUCUUCAAAAACAAUUAAAGAUUAUGAGUGCAAAAAGAGCUAAAUGUAGAUGCAAAAAUCUAAAAUGA